AUGCUACAACCCGGUUAUCAGCGCACAUCCUCGCAGUUUCCAAUUAUUUUGGCGAACUGCUCUCCGCCUUCCAACUUUGUGGAAGGUUCUCCGUCUACUGUUUCACCCAGCACUCUCACAUUAUCUCCCAAUGAAAAUGAUAUCGACUGCGAUUUGGUACAAGAUGAUGUUUUGGAAGCCGGUAGUUUUCAAAGCAAACCUUGUUCUAAAUCACCUUUCCCCCUCCCCGAAGAGCUUGUCGAUUUUGUCAAUUCAUAUGCAUUCUCCGGUAAAACGCACCUUUCAAUUGAGGAAAUGCUUUGUGAUACUCCGGACCUUCCGGAUACACUUUUUCCGCUUGACAGUUUGGGA